AUGGCUCCAAACGACUACAAUCUUUAUACUACAAAACGAGCGGCACGACAAGAAGCAUGGCAUGGUCCAGGAACAGAAUGGAACCCUUUUGCGAAGACAACAAGACGCAGUAGUACAUUUCCAGCUCAGAUUCGCGAUGAGGAGGCUCUAAGAGGAUUGGACGAACCCGAAUUAAGGACUAUAAAUACUGAGAAUGGACCACGAUCAUCAGCUAGCAAUGCAGCAUUUGGUCAUGGUGUAAUGGAGAUGCAGGAUCUGGAUAAGACUACCACAAACAAUAAUGGACCUCCCAGCGAUCCAAGUACCGAAGAAACAAUUGUUGGAAGGCAAUCAUCGAGAAUACCCAGUGUAGAGGAGAAGGCUCGAUCAAGGUUUCUAAGCAGAUGGACCAAGAAGGAUAGGAAACAGGUAGAUGGCGAAGAGAAGAAGAAGAAGAAAGGUGGAAUAUUUAGUGGAAAGGAUUUGAAGCAUGCACCUUUCACCUUGAGGAAUCAAUUGAAGAAUACCAUCUUCAAUUCCUGGAUCAACAUUUUACUCAUCGCUGCGCCGGUCGGAAUCGCUCUCAACUUUACUGAGGUUAAUGGAAUUGUGGUUUUCGUGGUCAACUUUAUUGCUAUCAUACCAUUGGCAGCUAUGUUGAGUUUUGCCACUGAGGAAAUUGCUCUUCAUGUAGGUGAAAGUUUAGGAGGUUUGCUGAAUGCUUCUUUCGGAAAUGCUGUUGAGAUGAUUGUUGCAAUCAUUGCGCUAGCCAAGGGACAAGUCAUCAUUGUCCAAACCUCUUUGGUCGGCAGUAUUUUAUCGAAUUUAUUACUCGUCUUGGGAAUGUGUUUCUUCUUUGGAGGACUCAGAAGAGAAGAACAAUUUUUCAAUAAAACAGUUGCUCAAACAGCUGCAAGUUUGUUAGCCGUCGCUGUCGCCAGUGUCAUUGUUCCCACCGCUUUCGAUUUAUGGAGUGAGACAACUGAAGCUCCAAUUGCGGCCAUUUCUCGCGGUACUUCGAUCAUUCUUCUUGUGGUAUACGCCGGCUACCUUUACUUCCAAUUACAUACCCACUCUGGACUAUUCAACGAGGAAAGUCAAAAGGUACCAAUGAGGCCACGCAAGAAUGCCUUACCGGAAGGUGCCAUCGCAAAAGGUUUGGCCAAGGCUGGAGGAAUUGGAGCAGGACCUGGACGAGCGAAUAUCCCGCAACGACCACCUUAUGACGAACUCAUCAAUUCAUCUGCACUCGAAGAGGAGGAAGAGGAAGCAGAAGAACCACAAUUGCAUAUCUUGGUCGCUUGGGCUACCCUUGCAGGUUCCACUGCUAUCAUCGGAGUCUGCGCUGAUUUCAUGGUUGAUGGUAUUAGCGCACUUACUGAUAGUAAAGUCAUCUCUGAGGAAUUUGUUGGUCUUAUUCUCCUUCCUAUCGUCGGAAAUGCUGCAGAGCACGCCACCGCAGUCACGGUUGCCUGCAAGGAUAAGAUGGAUCUUGCGAUUGGUGUCGCGGUUGGAUCUAGUAUGCAAGUCGCCUUGUUCCUCAUUCCUUUACUGGUUGUCAUCGGAUGGAUCAUGGGUAAUGAUGCAAUGAACUUGAGUUUCGAUGGUUUCCAGGUCGCUGUUCUAUUUGUCGCUGUUUUACUUGUGAAUUAUGUUCUUGCAGAUGGUCGGAGCAAUUGGAUGGAAGGCAUGCUUUUACAAUGUCUUUACGUAAUCAUUGCAGUAUGUGCUUGGUACUACCCAGCAACAGGUGUCGCCUAA